AUGGCCGGGUCUGCGCAGGGCGCCGUGGACUCGCUGCUGGGGCGCCUCUCGUCGGUGCUUCUGGAGGAAGCCAAGCUGCUGCGCGGCGUGCGGGGCGACGUGGAGUUCAUCAAGGACGAGAUGAUGAACAUGAACGGCUUCCUCCUGGACCUCAAGGCCCGCGCGCGCGACCUGGGCGAGCGGCGCCUCCGGUACGACGUGUCCAUCCGGGACGGCGGCACGUCCCGAGGCGUGCACCCGGCACCCGUGGAGAAGGGAGACGACGUCGAGGCGCGGCGUCGAGCCCUCGACGACGUCACCAACUUCCUGAACGACGACAUCCGGGAGGUGAUCUGCUGGCUGACCAAGGAGCUGCCGGAUCAGGAUCCACAGCGGCAGCUCCGCGUCGUCGCGGUCGUGAGGAGGCAGUACCAGGAGGACGAGUACCCGCUGGCGAGGAAGGUGUACGAGCACCCGUCGCUGUCCAGGAGAUUCGAUUUCAAGGCCUGGAUCAACGGCACCGGGACCCAGUACACCAAGCGCCAGGAGGCGCUCCUGUGCGUGCUGCAGCAGCUGCGCGUCCCACUUGUUAGUGACAUCACGGACGAGAAGAAACUAGCCGAGAAGCUCAGGGACCAUCUCAGGGGCAAGCGGUUCUUGAUUACUGCCGCUAACGAUCCGUAUGGAUCGGUGCGGGCAGCGGUAGAAUCUGCCUGCACUACUGAUUUGCUUUCCUUCCCUCCAGGAAGUGCCAUCCUGGUCACCACAUGGCUGCCACCGCCUCGUGAACCACCUCCCCCCUACCAAGUCAAGAACUACUUGGAAAUCGUCUACUUCUUCUACGACAAGGCUGUUAUGCUGGUCGGUGGUCACGGCUGCGACAUUGUCAUCAAGGAGAUCCUAAGGAAGAUCAUGAUGAGGCGCGGCUGGAACUUCUACUCCAUGGAAAUGUUCCUCCGCGCCCUCUACAUGAAUCCUAACAGAAGCAGAGAGGAACUGCAGAAUCUGCUCGACAGACUGACACCGCCCACAAUUGCUGAGCGGAUCAUGGAGUACUGCUACAACGACCUACCCAGUCAUUACAAGACCUGCUUGCUGUAUCUAUCCAUCCUUUUCGGGAAGACAAAUGGUGGGGAGUCCGGUUCUCCCAUGGAUUCCAAUGUUAAGAGGACAACCAUAGUCAGGCGGUUGGUUGCUGAAAACUUCAUCACCAUGAGAGAUGAGCGGGGUGCAACAGAUGAAGCUGAGCGAUGUGUCCACGACCUUCUGCUUCGUGGCCUCCUGCGUCCUGUCCACGUCGGAGCUGAUGGCAAAGUUAAGAGCUGCACGGUGCAUCAUCGUGUUUUGGCAUUUAUCACCAAGAUGGCCCAAGAGGAGGGCUUGGUUGAUGUGGGCACACAGCUGCCGCCUGACUUGGCUUGCCGCCUCUCCAUCCGCAAUGGAAUAAGUCGGCAGCAACUCCAACUCGUUGAAGAGAAGAAGAAGAAGAAGAAGAAGCACCAAAAGGAGGUUCCGCAAUCCACAACCCGUUGGAAGCGUCUCGCUCCCAUGGAUUCAUCAGAGGGAUCUAAAUUAGCUGUGCAAGUGGAUGACACUGAAGCAUUUCUCGAGUCGUUGCCAAUAUCUCCUCCGCUAGGAUUGUUGCAAGUGCUGGACCUAGAAGGAUUCAAAGGGCUGAGAAGACAUCACCUCAGAGAUAUCUGCAACAAGAUGUUCCAACUCAAGUAUCUGAGCUUGAGGAGCACGGCUGUCACAGAACUUCCAAAGGACAUUGAGAAACUCAGGUACUUGGAAACACUUGACAUCAGGCAAACCAGGAUACGGACAUUCACCACUAAAGCCAUUGUGCUACCGAAGCUAGUGCAUCUGCUCGCCGGCCAAGUUGAAAAUCAAGGAUGUGGUGUUAAAAGAUUUGUUUCCACUGCGCAUAUGCCUCGUGGGAUUGGGAGCAUGACAGAUCUGCAGAUUUUGUGCCACGUUGUAGUUUCCAGCAGUGCCGAUGAAUUGGUUGAGGUUGGACGGCUGCAGCAACUAAGAAAACUUGGCCUAGUCCUCCGUGGCAAGGAAGCUCGUCUCAGCCAUUUUCUAAGGGUAAUCGAGAGGCUGAAUGAAUCUCUCCGCUCUUUGUCAGUCAAAAUUGAGCUCAACAGCAGCAAGACUCCUGACUUGAGCAUUGGGAAGAUGGCAUUCUCACCGCCAAGAUUACUUGAGAGCCUAACCAUCAACGGCCGCAUAACUGGGCUUCCUAUUUGGAUUAAGGACCUUAGUGCACUUGUUAAGAUAGCUCUCCAUGGCACAUCCUUGAUGGACAAUGCCAUACGGAUGCUUGGUGAGCUCGUCAGGUUGCGCUGCCUCAGGAUUUUGCAUGGGUCAUACAUAGAAUCGAGGCUCAUCAUCAAGGAUGGCGAGUUCCAAAAUCUGAAUUACCUUCUUGUUGAGGGCUCUGAGGUCACCAACAUCCAUUUUGGGAGCAGAGCUGCUCCUAAGCUCGAGAAGAUAGUUUGGGCUUUCACAAAAAUGGAAACGAUAUCUGGAAUCAAACGCCUCGAAAGUCUGAAGGAGAUUGAGCUCCAUGGUGACUGCAAUCCGUACUCAAUCAUAAAAGACAUGGCAGAACAUAAGAACCAUCCUGUUGUCAUACAUAAUGCAAACCACGAGGCUACAAACUAA